AUGCCAACUAGGCAAAAUACCACUGAUCAGGAGAUGGAUGAUAUGGCUGCAAGGGAAUUCAAAGGCGCUCCAACAGUUUGUCCUCAACCCAGUGACCUGAUCGAGCCAACUACGUUGUUAGGUGCUCGUGAUGCAGUGAAUCUUGAGCGUUUAGAAUUUUAUGGCGAUUCGUUUCUGCAUUUGAUAUCUACACUGAGUGUUUACGGCACCAGUCCACAGGAUGCGGAUGAAGGACACUUAAGCUGGAAUAGAAAUUCACUUGUAUCAAAUGCUCACUUGUGUGAUAUUGCUCGAGAUUUGGCAUGGUAUGAAUAUUGUACUGGUCAAACAUUCUUUCCAUCAAAACAUUUUGUACCUCCGUGCUACACUGUUUCGUCUGAGGUUUCUAAAUACGAUGCUCGUUUAUGUACCCGCCUAUAUGACAAGUCUUUAUCGGAUAUGAUUGAAGCCUUGUUAGGAUGUUUUCUAGUACACAUUGGACUACCAUCGGCUGUAAAUCUCUUACAUUAUCUUCAAAUAUGUCUGGUGAAUUGGAAUACAAUAAAAUGUGACAAAGAAUAUAAGAUUGAUGCUCCAUGGCAUUACCUUCUUCACUCAGAAAAUGAUAUUGCUAGCAGUUCAAAUUCCAGACGUCACCUUCUCCGUGCAUCAUCACAGAAUUCACUGGCCACUUACAAAUAUCGAGAUCUCAAUGAGAAAUAUUUUCGUUUACAAUUGAAAUUGGAUUAUCGCUUUAGAAAUAUUGAAUUACUUGCUACAGCUAUGACACACCAGUCAUCAACUAACACAGAGCACUGGGGAAAUUAUCAGAGAUUGGAAUUUCUCGGUGAUUCGGUUAUGGGUUUCAUUGUGAGCAAUCACCUGUUCAGAAAGUGUCCUCAUGCUUCUCCAGAAUGUACUAUAGAUUAUGAAGCUAUUGAGAGUCUUGUGAAUUGGUCACUUUGUCGUACGAAUUCAUUGUCUUCGGAGAUUAAAAACAACACUAGUGGAUCAGUGAAGUUCAGACCUGUCCGUGGUAUUUUGCCUAGUUGGCAUGUUACGCUGAGUCAAAUACCUCCAGAAGAUUGGGUUGGUUUAGUAGUCAGACCUAUUCACCUUCCAGAUAACGAUCCUGGUAUGUUUUCGAUUUCAGAAGUGUGUUCGGAAACUCCUGUAAGUUGUGUGCCGCGGUAUUUAGCUUCGAAACUUCGUAACACGAAAAAUGAAGAAGUAUCGGCAGUGAUCUAUUUACAUUUCUGCAGAACGAAGUGUCCCCUGAUGAGAGAUCUACCCAUUGAUAUUUCAAUGCCAUUGUGCAAGACGUCACGACUGACGUGUCAUCAAAAUUGCACCCAAGUUACUGUGGGUCUACAAAGAGGUAAAUCAAGUCCCAAAAAGUCAAAGUUUGUAUGUGAAGGGUGUUUAGUACACCCAUUAUCUUCAUGGCUUUGGUUUCUGUUGUCUACGAUACCUGCAGUUCCUUAUCAGAUGUCGAGGGCAUUGUUGGCAUCACAAUUGUCCACAGAAUUGGCCGCUGAGUUAAAGAAUCCCCAACCAUUCUGUCACAAGACGAAUCCAUCCAAUAUGACGGCUGAUUAUCUUUCUCCUGUAACCAUUUUCGUGCCUGACCGUCUACGUGAUGCUAACUUCUCAAACGGUGAACCGAUUGACGCAACUAUGUUUGAUUUUAAAGUUGAUGAACUAACUUCAAAAGAAGAUCAGGAGAUGGAUGAUAUGGCUGCAAGGGAAUUCAAAGGCGCUCCAACAGUUUGUCCUCAACCCAGUGACCUGAUCGAGCCAACUACGUUGUUAGGUGCUCGUGAUGCAGUGAAUCUUGAGCGUUUAGAAUUUUAUGGCGAUUCAUUUCUGCAUUUGAUAUCUACACUGAGUGUUUACGGCACCAGUCCACAGGAUGCGGAUGAAGGACACUUAAGCUGGAAUAGAAAUUCACUUGUAUCAAAUGCUCACUUGUGUGAUAUUGCUCGAGAUUUGGCAUGGUAUGAAUAUUGUACUGGUCAAACAUUCUUUCCAUCAAAACAUUUUGUACCUCCGUGCUACACUGUUUCGUCUGAGGUUAGUGGCUGUGAUGGUAAUCUUUGUUUGUAUUUUCACGUUUGCUCCGAGUAUUUCAAUUCCUGUAUGUAUGUAUUCAAGUUGAAAACUCAUGUGGUAGAGAUUGCUAAUUUCAUGGUGUGUGUGGAUGGCUCCACAGAAAGCGUGCAAGUGAUUAGUUCCGAUUCCGAUUUAUUGGCUGAGGAUAGAAGGCUUGAAUGA